GAAGACAUCCUCAUAUUGUGAGAGUGUGUCUCAUUCUUUUACAUGAAAAAUAUUUAGGUAGCAUUGUCGAUGUUUAUGUUCUUACUUACCCUUAUCCUUAUUAUAAUAAGUUGGCUUAGGUUUGCAGUCUUUAAUGCCUGACAUCAUCAAUGCGUGUAAAUAACCCUAGAAGUACUUCAUUUAGUGCUGUGAUCUACUCAGGAACAAAGAUUCAUAAACUAAAUAUGUUUACUUCAAUCUAGUUAGGUACCAUGGUUUGGUUUACUUUUCUGUAAAAUUACUAUUUUGAGAAAUGCAACCAAUGUGCUGGAAAGGUAUUACCAAAGCUAUCUAAUGCGCUUGCUCAUUUGGGUCUUUCACCAACCAAUAAACAUCAGUCAAGAGAAAAAGCGAAAGUUUAAAAAGUAAGCGUCUUAGUAGCAUCCUUGAUUGUCUUUGUAGCUUACUAUUAAUGGAGUUCGAGUGUAGAUCAUUAAUGGUUGUUAUAAAUCGUCUUAUAACAACUCAUUAGAUCACAUCAUAUUAUAAACUCUAACAUGUCUUCAUAAACUAAGAAGAUUAGAUCAGAGGUAUGUUUCCGCUACUCUGUUGCAAUAAAAAAUAUUUUGAUUUCGUUGAAGUAGGAAACAAAUACUUGAACAAACAUACAUUCUGCUCCAGCGAAGUCCAUGUAGCCUAGCUCCCACACCAUACCAUACUAUUUUACCAAUUUUAAUAUGUUAUUUGUCAGUUGUCACAAACCUUGACAUCUUUCUUUCUAACACCACUUCCCUUCUCCUCUCUUAUUGAUUAUCACCCACUGGCCACUGCUUUAGAAUACAACCCACUAGCCAAGCCCUUGUUCCUUUAGGCCUAAUCUUUAUUCUUCUACUUCUUAACCCCAACAGCAUCUGCUAGCCCACAUAACAGGCCUAUUCUGUUGUUUUUAAUAUUAAAAAAUAUAUGAUAUUGUACUACUUUCCAAAAAUACAUGGAGGCUGCUAGGGGAUAAUCUUUAUACGAAAAUGGAACUGUAAAAGGAACACGUGCGUCUUCAAAGAAUUUUCUUGUUACUUCUAUAAUAUUCAAACAUCGACCACUCUUAAUAGUUAAUAAUUAUCCCUCUUUUUCUUUUUCCUAUGCACUUUGAAUGGUCAAGCAAGCAUGGACUAGCAACAGCAAACGGUGAGCUACUUUAGCUUUUUCUUAUGUGAGAUGAAUUCAUAAUUAGCUGGUAAAAUGGUCUCAAAGUUCAACCUCGGAUAAGGAUUAUCAACCACGUCUGCGCCAAAGUAAAAAUGCUCUUCUCCUACCAAAAAAAUAAUUCAAGUCUGAAUACCGAUGUCGAAAAAACAAACCAUGGAUUAUUAUUGACUUUCUUCAUCUUGACAACUAAACCAAGAAACGUAAUAACACACGUCACAAGUUAUAUUAUAUCCAUUGUCCAUUGGUUUCCUAUAUUCAAAAAUCCGAAAAAGACCAGUUUAUCAAUUAUUAUUGGCAAGGUUUAUAUAUGAAUUCAAACAUAGGAGACUAAUCAAUUCAUUGAUCACAGUAUAUUGUUAUUAUAUAUACGGAUAAUAAGUAACAUGACUUAUUUACUUUCGAGAUAUAGAAAAACUUAAACCCAUAUGACGUUUAACAAAAGAAAAAACUUGAAAUAUCACGUCAUUAGAGAUAAAAUCGACGAGUCUCGUUCGUUAGUAAUGAUCUUGCACAACACAUUAGUGACAAUUCCAUGUUCGUACGUGCAUGCAUCGUUUUUAAUAUCUACUUUACAAAAUAUUGAAAAGCAUUUGAUUGAUUCUUACGUCGGAUACUACUAACAAGCCUUUCCUACCUUAUGCAAUAACUAGUGAGAUAUAUUUUUAUUAAAGGCACUCUCAAAUACCAUAAAUGUUCUUGUAUUUAGGUUAUGCAUGCAUAUAUACUCUUGAGCUAUAUUCAGUUAACUACAAUCCUUGGAAAUAAUAGUCUUCUUAUUUCUUGAUUUAAUUGUCUUUAGAUGUAUAAGAAUAUCUUUGGAUUAAUGGGUUAAUGAUUAAUAAAUUUAUGUAAAUGCUUAGUUCUUACGUGUCGUCUACGACACUGCCCCUUAUAGUUCUGCUUUUACUAUUAUCAUCGGGCCGCCUCUUCGUCUUUGACUUCGCAGUCUGCUCCAACACGAGGAAUAAAUGUCUAUAAAAUAUAGACUAAAGUAUAAUAUUUUCCUUCACAAAAUAUCUCGCAACCUAUAAUUACAAACAAACAAACAAAUCAAAAGAAUCUUCUUCUUAAAAAAAAAGUCAGGUCGAUCGCUCUUUGUAUUUUUAUAAGAUUCCAGAGUUAAUUGGGAACAUGGAAGGAUAUGAUGAUGGAUCGUUGUAUGCUCCGUUUCUGUCGCUGAAACCACAUCAAAGCCUUUCUAAGUCGGAGUUAGAACAAGGCAGAGAAGAAGCCUCAAAAGUUAGAGAAGGUUCCUCCAGAAGCAAGGAGUUGAAAAAGAAGAAGGGAAAGAAACAAAAGUUUGCGUUUCAGACAAGGAGCCAAGUUGAUAUUCUUGAUGAUGGCUAUCGUUGGAGAAAAUAUGGCCAAAAAGCUGUCAAGAACAACAAGUUCCCUAGGAGUUACUAUAGGUGCACACAUGGAGGAUGCAAUGUAAAGAAGCAAGUGCAAAGAUUAACAUCGGACCAAGAAGUUGUAGUCACGACCUACGAAGGAGUCCACUCGCAUCCCAUCGAAAAAUCUACAGAAAAUUUCGAGCAUAUUCUCACCCAAAUGCAAAUCUACUCUUCUUUUUAAUACCUUUUAUAACUUUGGAGCGUAUCCUUCUGAGAGCCCAUGUUGUGAAUUAUACAAAUAAAAAGUAUAACAUUACAAUUUUAUCUAUGUUGGAAAAAAAAACAAUGGUCAAUUUGGAGAUUGUAUCCCAAUAAUUUUAACAAACUUAUUGACUUAUAAAUAAUACUUAGUCCCUAGACAUUUCAUAGUC